AUGGGCGGCAUGGAGGAAGACCCACCGAUGCCUGCCUUCAACGCCACGGGUGACGAACCUAUGUCUUAUGCCUUAUUCCCUGAAAACAAGGGGUAUCUCUACACGCACGUCGUAUUCAUGGUGAUUGCUUUCUGGGUCUUGAUGCCAUUAGGCAUAAUGUUUGGCAUUGGCCGGUCCUCUUUACAUGUACCAGUCCAAAUCCUAACCUUCAUUGUUGCGUUGUUUGGUUACUUUUUCGGCAAGCUGUAUGGCCACUCUGUACCUCACCUUUACGCUGGCAAUGUCCAUCACUCGAUGGGCUGGAUUAUCUUCUUACUGAUGAUUGCCCAGUUAUCAGUCGGUGUUGUGCGCAAGAUUGCCAAUGCUGUGGGUCGGUCUCAACAAGAUGCAGCUGCCCACUAUGACCGCUUAGAGAGCGUUCACCUGGUCAAUCGCUCAGCAUCAUCAUCAUCAUCUGAUCACCACAGCGAGCAUUCUGAAGAAACGUUGCAUAACAACAGCCACAGCAGCGACGGCGACGGUUUCCGCUACGAUAAGGAGGAAGAGGACGAGGACAAUAUCGCCAUGUCGCCUAUCGACCUUGAGGAAGAAGACCCUGUCAUGAUGCGUCACAAUGAGAAGCCAUCCUUGAUCAACCGCUUGUUUGACAAGCUGCUGCCCUAUAUCCCCAACAUCGUGAAAAAGGUCUUUGUUGCCACCGCCUACAAUCCCUUCACCAACGUCGUCUGCCGCUACUGGCACACCAUUGUGGGUCGCGUCUUUGUCAUUCUCAUCUUUACUCAAACACUGAGCGGUCUUGUCGUAUAUCAUGGUGUCUGCAGAUCCUGGACUGUGCUCGGCUGUAUUGCUCAUCUUAUCAAGGGAGGCAUCUUUUUCUUCUAUGGCAUCCUGACAUUCGCACGUUAUCUUGGCGCAUUCGCUGAACAAGGCUGGGCAUGGAACCGAGUGGACGGCGGUGCCAAGUUCAGUUUUGAAAUGAUUGAAUCCUUCCUUAUCUUCAUUUAUGGUAUCACGAAUACCUGGAUGGAGCACUUUGGUCAGAACCCCGAAUGGACCCACAAGGACUUGGAGCAUGCAAGCUUAGCGUUCAUGUGGUGGUGGUGCGGUCUUUUGGGCAUCAUUGUCGAAAGUCGUGCAUUGCGUCGUCUGUUGGAACGUAACAUCUUAAACACACCACUCGACGUCCCUCGUCACGAACCCCAACAAUCCUACUCGAUGAACCCCUUCCCUGGCCUGAUUGUCUUGUUCACUGGUAUUUCCAUGGGUAACCAUCACCAGGACACCAUCUAUUCGACCAACAUUCACUACUUCUGGGGCAUGUUGCUUGCCUUGGCUGCCAUGUGCCGCUUCUUGACCUACAUCACAUUGUACCGCGCUCCUCCCAUGUCCAACCAGCCCACGCGUCCUCCAAGUGAAGCCAUUGGCGCCUUCUUGCUGAUUGCCGGCUCCAUCUUGUUCAUGGCAUCCAACUCGGGCACUCUCACCUGGCUGCGUCGGAACAACGUCGACAUGAUGUUCAUGAUGAACGUCUGUGUUGCAUUGAGCUCAAUGACGCUAUGCUAUGUCUUCUUCAUGUUUGCCAUGAAGGCAUGGUCCAUGAAGCGCGAGCAAAAGAAGAAGGCCAAGUUGCAUCGAAACUUUGGCUUACCCGACCAUCAUCAUCAUGAUAAUCAUCAUCAUCAAGCUCAUGCUUAA